AAAAUAAUCUUUUUUUGAUUUCUCGCGAAUUUUAUAAGAAAUUAUAAUGAUGUUUUUUUUAUAGCGAAUACUUUCAUUUGCAGCUAUUAUAUUCCGGAAAUAUAAAUGAUCUUUUUCUUUUGUUUUUGUUUGGAUCGUUACAAAAAAAUUGGAAUGAUCUUUUUAUGAAAUUUCAAUAUAAGAAGUUUGUUUUUGACAAAAUAUUAUAAAUCUGAGUAUCAUGGAAUCUCCACAGAAAGGAAAUUCUACAUUUCUUGAUGGCACUGAUCCGGAUUUUGUGUGGCAGGAUUAUCUUGAAGAUACUCAUUCUGAAGCUGCACCACCAACUGCUUUUACUCAUGUGGAAUAUAGUUUGGAAAGCGGAUUUAAAGUUGGAAUGAAAUUAGAAAUUCCAAAUCCUGAGGAUGGCUCAAUGUAUUGGCCUGCAUCUGUGAUAAUGACAUGUGGAGAUUUAUUAACUCUCAGAUAUGUAGGUUAUGGUGAUGAUAGAUCUGCUGAUUUCUGGUUUAAUAUCAAAUCAGGAGAAUUUCACCCAAUUGGAUGGUGCUCAACUAAUUCUAAGAAAUUGCAUCCUCCUAAAGCACUUCUUGAAAAGUAUCCAAAUGUUACUGCUUUGUUGUCUUCAGAAUUGAAAAGUACUGAGAGUAUACCUGCAGCUCUGUCUGAAAAUCUUGAUGCUGGAUUUAUUCCAAUCGACCAAAUUAAAUGUGGCAUGAAACUGGAAUUAAUGGAUAUUGAUAAUCCUAAUAAUGUAUGGAUUGUAACGAUAAAACAAAAUAUUGGUGGACGUUUGUUACUCCAUUAUGAUGGUUGUGAAGAAGCUUCUAAUUGUGACAUGUGGUUAUUUUACCUUUCUGACUAUUUAUAUCCAGUUGGUUUUGCCAAAUUAAACAACUUGCAAUAUAGUCCUCCAAAAGGAAUAGAAUGCAAACAUUCUGAAAAAGAAUGGGAGAUGAUUUUACAGAAUUCUUUUGAAGAAGCAGAAAAACUUCCUUUUCCAUCACAUAUUUUUGAACCUAAAAUUCCAUUAGAAAAACUUACUUUUAAAGAAGGUAUGAAACUAGAAGCAGUCAACAUACAAAAUUACGCUGAAAUCUGCCCUGCAACUGUCACCAAAGUUGUGAAUGAUUAUUAUUUCUUAGUUACUAUUGAUAACCAUAUUGAUGAGCAAGUAACAAAUGCUGUUUUAUGCUGUAAUUCAAAUACUCCUUUUGUAUUUCCCAUUAAAUGGGCUGAAGAGCAUGAACUGGAAGUGAAAUCUCCUAAAGGUUAUAAAUCAGAUGGUUCCAAAUUUUCUUGGGAUGAUUAUUUACAGUUUUGUAAAGCUGAGGCAGCUCCAGUAGACAUUUUUCCUAUGUGCUUUAUGAAUAUGGGUUUUGAAACUGGAAUGAAGCUUGAAACUGCUGAUCCUUUCAAUCCCAAUAAUAUCUAUGCUGCUACAAUUGUAAAAGUUGUUGAACCAUUGAUGUGGGUGGAUUUUGACAAUGAAACUCCUAAACAGAAGAAUAUUAUAUACUCUAUAAAUUCUUUCGACAUUUUCCCUGUAGGAUGGUGUGCUAGUAAUAGCUAUCCUUUGCAGACACCCUCUAUUUAUAAGUCAAAAGAAAGAUCAUGUCCCGUUUUAGAGGAACAAGGGCGUAUAGAAAAGCCUGCCCAAGAGGCUCCAGUUUUGUCACCUGCUGGUCAACAGUGUAAAUCAUGGUGUCCAAAAAUUUACUUUAAUCAUCGUUGUUUUACUGGACCGUUAUUAAGUAAAAGCCGUUUAGCAGAACUUCCUCAAGCAAUUGGACCGGGACCUCUGCAUCUCGUAAUUCAAGAUGUUAUUUACAGAGUUGUAAAUAUUGCUUAUAAAUCUAGUAGAGUGCUUCAGAUUUUGCAAGUGAAUGGCAAACCAUCUCCAGGAAUGCAGCCACUAAUAAUUAAAGCUAAAUAUAAAGGAAAGACUAAUCGAGCAACAAUAGAAGUAAUCAGAAACAGUGAACAGGUGGAGGAAUUCUGUAAAAACAUUUGUCAGAAACUAGAAUGCUGUCCUUAUUUGUUUGGACCAAAACAUGUUGGAGAAACCUGUCCAAGCAAUUGCCAUACUCAAACAAAGACUAAAUUUGGUUAUAAUUUUGUCAAAAAACAGAAAAAAGUUGGAAGGCCUCCUUUACAUGCAAACUGUAUUUCAUCUGAUAAUGGAGAAGUAGUCAAAAGAGGCCCUGGUAGGAAGAAGAAACGAAAACAUUGGACACAUUUGAAUGCUCACAUAGGAGGAGAUAAUCAGCCACCAGAAAAAAGAAGUAAAUCUAGGGAUUCUAGUGAAACAGAUGAGGGCUCAAAGAAUGAUUUGAAAGAAAAAGUGAAAUCUGAUUCAAAUGAGCCUGCAUCGCCACAAUCAGGCAGAAUUCCUCUGAUUGGAAAGAAAAAACUGAAGCAUACUACAAGUUCCAGUAUUGUUACACGAGGAGCUAAGCUUCCAAAUUUUGGACUGUGGCACCAUGUUUCUUCAUUCCACAAUCGUAGAGGAAGACCUAGAACAAGACCUAUGAGGCCAUUUCCUCCUAGAAAAGUAGGCAGACCAGUAGGCAGUACAAAGAAAAAUAUUGCUGCUGCUGCUGCUCAGUUGAAAAGCAAGAGAUUAAUGGAAUAUUCUAGUCUACAUUUAGAUGAUGCAUCAAAAUAUGAGAUGCCUCCGAGACGUCCCAAACGAACUUUAUUAGACAGUAAUCCAAUUGAUUGGACUGUAGAAGAUGUCGUCAAGUACUUGCAGAAGACAGAUUAUGCACCACUGGCUCCAUUAUUAAAAGAACAGGAAAUUGAUGGUCCUGCACUAUUGAUGUUAAAUAUCUUCAAUGUCCAAGAAUAUCUGCAUUUGAAGCCAGAACCAGCUGAAAAAUUUUGUUACUUAAUUAAGAACUUAAAAAUAGAGUUUUUCACACAUUAUGUUUCAUAAUAAAAGUAUGACGGAAAUUGAACGAAAAAAAAAUAUCUGUGAUUUAUCUUUACAGUAUUAUCAUAUUUUACUAUAUUGCCAAAAAUGUAUUGUUACAAUUCUCGGUACAAUGAAUUUUGCUGCUGAUAAUUGAACAAAAUCCAAUUUUCAUUGAACUGUACUUGUGAUGAUUAUAUACGAUUUGUAUUUUUGCCAAACAGUGUGCAUAAGUUAAAAGAAUGUCAACAGUUUGUAAACGACUCAGUUCUUCAAUGAUGCAUGCCAUGUAAGUCAAAAACUGAUACAUUUCAUUGAAUUUCAUGUGUACAAAUAUCAUAUUUUGUCAUUAGUGCAAGAGAUAGUAUCUCUGUGUUCUGAAAUGUCAUAUGUAAACAGCAUGCUAUAUUGUAUUGUUUUGUCUGUUGCAUUUAUUUCUUUUUGUUUAUUUAUGAAAAUGUUGUGCAUGUUUUGUCAAAAUGCAAUAAAGUUUCAUGACUAAAUGGU